GGCCUCCUCCUCCUCCUCCUCCACCCCACAUCCCCCCCCCUGCGGCCCGGCGGAUUUAAAGGGGCAGCCCCACCGAUCCGGGGGGCCAUGCCGAACUUCUGCGCGGCCCCCAACUGCACCCGCAAGAGCACGCAGUCCGACCUGGCCUUCUUCCGCUUUCCCCGGGACCCGGUCAGGUGUCAAAGAUGGGUAGAGAACUGUCGAAGGGCAGAUUUAGAAGAUAAAACUCCAGAUCAACUCAACAAGCACUACAGACUGUGUGCUAAACAUUUUGAGACCUCUAUGAUAUGUAGAAGUAGCCCUUACAGAACAGUUUUAAGAGAUAAUGCUGUGCCAACUAUAUUUGAUCUUACAAGUCAUCUGAACAAUCCCCACAGCAGGCAUAGAAAACGGAUAAAAGAGCUGAGUGAAGAUGAAAUAAGAACACUGAAACAGCAAAAGAUUAAUGAAGCUUUUGAACGGGAACAGGCAACUCAAGAACUAAAUGAAAGUAAUGCACAAAAUGCAGUCUCAGAGGAAGGUGGGGAGCAGCAAGAGGAAAAAUCUGUUCCUUUAACUCUGGAAGAAAGAGAAAACAAGGAUUACCUUAAGUCACUGUUUGAAAUUCUGAUCCUAAUGGGUAAACAAAAUAUUCCGUUGGAUAGCCAUAAUGCGGAUGAGCUUCCAGAAGGUAUUUUUACUUCAGAUAACUUUCAGGCUCUGUUGGAAUAUAGAAUCAAUGCUGGAGAUGAAGUUCUGAGGAAACGGUUUGAAAUGACUGCAGUCAAUCUUGAGUAUUGUUCGAAAACGCAGCAGAAACAAAUGCUUGAGAUCUGUGAAAGCUGCAUCAGAGAAGAAACACUGAGGGAAGUAAGAGACUCACACUUCUUUUCUAUUGUCACUGAUGAAGUAGUAGACAUAGCGGGAGAGGAACAUUUGCCAGUCUUGGUGAGAUUUGUUGAUGAUUCUCAUAAUCUAAGAGAAGAAUUCAUAGGAUUUUUACCUUAUGAGGCUGAUCCUGAAAUAUUAGCUGUUAAGUUCCAUACAACUAUUACUGAAAAAUGGGGUCUGAACAUGGAAUACUGUCGGGGUCAAGCCUACAUCGUCUCCAGUGGGUUUGCUUCUAAAAUGAAAGUUGUGGCUACAAGACUCUUGGAGAAGUAUCCACAAGCUGUGUAUACUCUGUGUUCCUCUUGUGCCUUAAAUGUGUGGUUGGCAAAGUCGGUUCCUGUUGUUGGUGUUUCCAUGGCCCUAGGAACGAUCGAAGAAGUUCGCUGUCUUUUUAGUCGAUCUCCACAAUUACUGGUGGAACUGGACAAUGCAAUUUCUGCUCUUUUUCAGAACAAUGAGGAGAAAGGUAAUGAGCUGAAGGAGAUCUGUCGUUCUCAGUGGACAGGCAGGCAUGAUACUUUUGAGGUUUUGGUGGAUCUCAUGCAAGCUUUGGUACUGUGUUUGGACGCGGUAAGCAACGAUUCCACUGUCAGGUGGAACAACUUCAUUGCUGGUCGAGCAUUUGUACUUUCAAGUGCAUUAACAGAUUUUGACUUCAUUGUCACUAUCGUAAUUCUGAAAAACGUGCUGUCUUUUACAAGAGCAUUUGGAAAAAAUCUCCAGGGACAAACAUCAGAUGUGUUCUUUGCAGCUAGCAGCUUAACAGCAGUGUUGCAUUCUCUGAACGAAGUGAUGGAGAAUAUUGAAGUUUAUCAUGAAUUUUGGUUUGAGGAAGCAACAAACUUGGCUGCAAAACUGGAUGUACAAAUUAAACUCCCUGGAAAAUUCCGCAGGUCUCAACAGGGUAACUUCGACGCUGAGUUAACGUCAGAAAAUUACUACAAAGAAAUUCUUAGUGUCCCUACAGUGGAACAUAUAAUUCAAGAAUUAAAAGAUAUAUUCUCAGAACAACAUUUAAAAGCUCUGAAGUGUUUAUCUUUAGUGCCCUCAGUCAUGGGUCAGCUCAAAUUCAAUACAUCUGAGGAGCAUCACGCUGACAUGUACAAAAAUGACUUACCUAAUCCGGACACGCUUUCUGCUGAGCUUCAUUGUUGGAGAAUCAAGUGGAAGCACAGAGGAAAAGAUAUUGAACUUCCAGCUACUAUUUAUGAAGCACUUCACUUGCCAGACAUAAAGUAUUUCCCUAAUGUAUAUGCAUUGCUUAAAGUAUUGUGCAUUCUUCCGGUGAUGAAAGUGGAGAAUGAAAAAUAUGAAAUAGGACGAAAGCGCUUAAAGGCAUACCUGAAAAACACCGUGACAGAGCAAAGGUCAAGCAACCUAGCUUUGCUGAACAUAAACAUUGAUAUAAAACAUGACUUAGACUUAAUGGUGGACACCUACAUUAAACUCUAUCCAGUGGAGGAAAAUUCCAGCAACAGAAAAUUGAAUGACUGUAGAGACGGUGAUAAAUACAACUCCCAGUGUGACCACAGGCAAACAAUAAGAAUAAAUUUGGAAAAAAAACAAACCCUACAGCUCUUUAGUUCUAGUAAACCUAGUUAUUAAAAUGGUUAUGUACAUCUUAAA